CGGCGAGCGGCAGAGCGCGCACGGGAGCCGAGCCGAGCCGAGCCGAGCCGGCGGCAGCAGCAGCGCCCGCUCGCCGCGCUCGCCCGCAGCGGACCCGUGCGGGACCGGCGCCGCGGUCCCUCCCGCCGCCGCACCAUGAAGCUCCUGACGGCGGCUUUGCUCCUGCUGCUGCUCGCGAUGUGCCUGGCCGGCGCGGAAGGAGUAAAGUGCAAAUGUUCAAGAAAAGGUCCUAAAAUAAGAUUCUCUAACGUACGGAAGCUGGAAAUAAAGCCAAGGUACCCCUUCUGCGUGGAAGAAAUGAUUAUCGUGACUUUGUGGACGCGGGUCCGAGGCGAGCAGCAGCACUGCCUGAACCCCAAGCGCCAGAACACGGUGCGGCUGCUGAAGUGGUACAGAGUAUGGAAGGAGAAAGGCAGGGUUUAUGAAGAGUAGAAGGAAACAGCAUGAGGAACAGACCAGACUGACUGACGUAGGACUGGGCUCUGCAGAAAAUUAUUUCUCACAGACACAAGACACAAAUUCUAUAUUAUUAUAAAGCACUUUUUACCAAGGGUCAGUUUUUACAUUUUAUAGCCGUGUGCAAAAGGCUUCCAGAUUUCAUAAGCAUCUCUCGCUCUUCAGAUUUCAUACCUGUCUGCUUUCUACUGAGACUGGGAAAACUCACGCUUCUCAUUUUAAAGAGGUUUUUUUAUUAUUAUUGUUAUUCAUUCAUACUUCACUACGACUGCAAUCGAGCUUUAUAAGCUCAUCAGGCAAACACCGCUGUCCGUAAAGGUAUCACACAGUUGCGUCCCUCACCCUCUCGCGCCGGGAGAGCUUCGGCGCUGUGGCCGUUUGCCGCGUUUGCAGCCUCGGCUGCAGCGGGGCGAAGCGGGGACCAAAGACCGGCGCGCCGCGCGGGCCGCGUCCGGGAGGCCGCGGGCUGCCGCUCCGCAGAGGAGGUCUCCGGCGCGCUGGCGGAGGAGCACGGACAGCGCUUCUGCCCCGGCCGGGGGUCUCGCUGCAGGACGAAGCGCGCCGCGUAUUCCCUUUAACGUUGGGCACACUAGAAAGCAUUUCUAGGUCGUUUUUAUUACGAAGAAAAAAAAAAAAAAAACGUUUGUUCUUUUCCUCCACUUGAAGUUCUUACGGAAAGUCUGCAGCUUCAGUACUGAGACGUUUUAAGCUUCAAGACUAUUGUGUAUGAUUUCCUAGAUUUGUAGCAAAAAAACCUUUAAAAGGUACCUUUUUAUGAAAAAUAGGGUAAACAAAUAUCUAUGUGUUUUAGCCACAAUACAACAUAUUCAUUAUUUUGAAUGUAAUACUUCAAUGUUAAGCAGUGCAUUCCUCUUUUUAAUAACAAAACUACCUUUUCAUUUGUAAAUAUACUAUAGGAAAUCUCCCUAUAUU